AGCGUCCCGCAUAGCAUUCCUCUACCACCUAACUUAUCGCGCACCCGAUUUACGGUAGAUAUACACACGAUGUCUGCCGACACAUUACCGAAGGUCGUCUACUGUGGAGAAGUAUGCAGUUUACCUCCUGAAUACUGCGAAUUUGGAGGCACCACGAAGAAAUGCGAAGAAUGGCUUGAGGAGGCGCACCCCGAUCUGCACAGCAAGCUCUAUUCAGCAGAAGUGUUACAACAAAACAUGUCCGCCCUCUCCGUAGACGCCCAAAAACGCGCAGAGAAGGACGCACAGAAGAAAGCCGCCAAAGCCGCUACCGCUGAAGCACGAGCUGCCGAAACACGAGCUUCCUCCAAGAUUUUGAUCAAGCGCAUCGAGCGUAAUAAGCGUAAAUACGUGACCGCCGUACAAGGCCUCGAGGCUUUCGGGCUAGAUAUCAAGAAGGUGGCCAAGGACUUUGGCAAGAAGUUUGCGACAGGCAGUAGUGUGACAAAGAUACCGGGUGGUGGCGAGGAGAUCACGGUACAGGGUGAUCUGAGCGAGGACAUCUUGGAGUUCCUGGUGGACAAGUAUGAGGAGGUUCCAGAGGACAAUGUGGAAUUGAUCGAAGACAAGAAGAAGAAGAAGACCGAAGUAGUUUGAGCGUCUCGAUGGGCUAGACGAACCAGAAUACCAUACCGAGGAUGUCAAGUCUGAUGACUAGCAAGCGCGUAUCAGCAUUGUUAGUUGGGAAUCACUUCUUCUUCUGUUCAACAAGCAUGACCUAGUGAUGGGGCUUCGAAGGUGGAAUCCUUUGGUAAGCGAGCCGUGGAAUAUACAGGGUGUAUAGCAGGCACCGUCGAUCUCUAGAAGACGAGUGAGACAUACAAGUCAUGUGCAAAUUACUACUACGUCUCGAAGUAGUCGCAAAUCUUCAAGUCAUGAUGUGCUGUAGAUCACUGGAACCC